AUGAUAAAUAAUUUUAGUGUUCAUUUUGAAUAGUCUAAAAAGUAAUUACGAUUUGUAAAUUCAAAGAAUUAAACAUGGAGUCAAAGGUCUCUGCAUCCUUGGAAAAUAACAAUCCUUCAGACCCAGGAACAACAGCCCCUAUUCCUGUCGCACCUCCUGAAGCUCAAGUCCAAGUACCAAAGAGAAGAAACAAGAGGUUAAAGCCGCUGCCUGAAUACAUUAAUAAAUAUAUUGUUUCUGAAAGGCCACGCCCAGAUGGGAGGAUUGACAAGUACUAUCGGCACAAAGAGUUGCAUCUUAAUUUUCGAUCACUAGCUGAGGUGGAAAGGUAUGAAUCGAAAGACAUUUACCCUGGGGGUGCAAAGAAGAAAAAGGAGAACGAAGACCAAAUUGGAUUACAUGAACCCUUGCUAGCAUUGACUUAUGAAGGAACAGAACAAUUGAAUGUAGAAGAACCAAACACUUCAACUAAGGAGAUAAUAAUAUAUGAGAAUAUUGAAAAUGUGGAUACUUGCAAUUCUCCAAAGCCAGGAAUGCGUAUUCUCGAAGAACAGUGUCACAUGAUAGAACCUUGCAACAAUAUGUACAUGCCUAAUCCUACUACUGCUUCAGCACCAAAAGAAACAACUGGUUAUAUAAUAGAGGCAACCCCUGUCUCUAUGGUGCCUCCUAAACCUCAAGCUCCUACUCGGAAGAGAAGAUACAACAAGUUAAAGCCGUUGCCUGAGUUCCUAAACAAUUGGAUUGUUACUGAAAGUCCACGCAAAAAUGGGAGGAUUGAUAAAAAAUAUCGCCAUAAAGAGCGCAAUAUUACUCUUCGAUCACUUCUUGAGGUAAAAAGGUAUGAAACGGAUGGCAUUCUCCCUGUGCGUAGAAAGAAGAAAAAUGAGAGCAACGAAAAAAGUGAAUCACUAGCACCUUUGCUAUUAUUGACUUAUGGAGAAAUUGGAGAACAGAAUGAAGAACUAGAGGCUUCAACUAUGGAGAGAAUAAAUUUUGAGAAUAUGCACGUGUCCAAUGUUACUGCUUCAACUUCAACUGCACCAAAGGGUAGGCGUGGAAGAAAGAGAAAAAUGAAAACAGUGGUGAGUUCAGAAGAAGAAGCCAACAUUGGAGUUGAACAGAAUGAUGAAGCUGUCCCGAUAGAUAUUCCAAUCACUGAUGAAGCUACCCUAAUAGAUGUUCCAAUCAAUGAUGAAGCUGCCCCUGUAGAUGGUCCAAUCAUUGAUGAAGCUGCCCUGAUAGAUGUUCCAAUCACUUAUGUUGAGAAUUUUGGUGGUCCUAGCCGCUAAAGAUGAUAUCUUCUCAUUAUAUACUCUGCUGCUUUCAUGAUGUAAUACACAUUUAAACUGUGCGUAAACUAUCAGGAGUUUGGGUUUGUAAUAAUUAACUUUAAGAUAUUACCUUCAUUGGAUUAAUGGGUGAAAGUUUUUAUUGGGAUGUUUUGUUGGAUUUUUAACUCAAGGAAAAGGAAUGGUAUCCUCACCUUGUUUUCAGAAA